AUGGGCGGGUCGCCAGCGCGCGUCCUCCCAGGGGGGGAGAUUUCGCCGCCGACUGCCCGCCCCCUGCUGGAGGGGAUGGGCGAAAGGUUCACUUGCCCUCGUCUCGUCUUUCUCCUUGGCGUCAUCCUCCUCUUCGUCAUCCUCCUCUGGAGCCGAUUUGGCUCAAGGAGGAGUUCCAGUCUUGUCGCGACCGCCGCUGCGCCACUGGCCAAGAAGGUCCGCAUGUCUGCGGCUAUGGGCAUCCAGGUGUACUACUCCGCCGACACCAAGCAACUCAUGCCGACGGUGACGGCCGCAGACGUCGCCACAGCGGCACCGAUGGCGCCAGAGCAGGUCGCGGAGUUCUUCCCCCACGGGGUGCCAGAUGGCUUCCUCCCCAUGAUAUGCGGCACGUACACGGCGACGGCACCGGUGCCUGAGAUGAAAGAGCCCGUCGCGGCUGUCGCGGUGGCGGACGGAGCCAAGAAGGAGAAGAAGAAGAAGUCGUCCAAGAAGGUCAAGACCAGCAAGAAGAAGAAGGGCUGCUGCUGA